CCGUCUCAGGCUUCAUUAAUUCGGGAUUAUAUCCAUUUUAAGCAUCUGCGCGCUUAUCACUGGUUCCAAGGUUUUACCAUUUCCAAGCUUUAACACCUAUCAUUUAAUGGAGCCCAAAGAAAUUCCUCGAAUACGGGAAUCAAAUUUCAGCUUGAGGGUAUGACGUUGUUCACGAGAAGGCGAGGCAACAUUAUACAGAAUGUUGACCCUGAAACCGAAGAUGGACCGCCCCAGAAAAUGCACGCGGCAGUGCACGAGUUCGUAGAAGAAACUGCGGCGGGGACAUCCUCAGAAGAAUGUCUCACUGUUGAGGCUCGUCCAACAUCUAAACUGAGAAAAGCCUGGAACUUGGUGUGCGGUUUACAGGAAGAAGAGGAUGACAUUUCAGAGGAAGACAAAUCCAAAAUGGAGGAGAAGUUACGGAAUUUAGCCGUGAUGGAGAAUCCAAAAUGGAAGACGUUCGUCGACGUCAGUGCAGUGAUGGCUUUGGUCUUUGGCGUAUUUCUCUGGGGUUCCUUCUCCUAGGCUGAACAUGAAAGUCUGACCAGAGCCAAGAUUUAGGGGCUUUGCGCAUACAGUGAUAAAACAUUGCUUUGUACUCAGAGGGUGCUGUAUCACAGAUAAAUUGAUAUCCAGUCAAUACCUGAUAUCGUAUGCUCCAGGUGGGGUCAGUCGGUGUG